UCGACCUGUACGAACGGUAUGCAAGACAAGUUUUUCACUGUACCUCGGUACAAGUGACAAUAAUAAACCUAUACCAAAAGCCGAAUGCCGCAACGCAGUGCCGAGAGACAUUCACUGUUUGUAAGUGGCUCCUUUUAACAAGAUUCACUCAGCUCGGACCUCACAAGCGGACGCAGAGUUGGGAAUUUAUUUUCGGGGACACAUACAAGUGAUUCCGGAGAUCGGGGGACGGGUUCAGCUUCACAUAUUGACGGGAGAAGUGCUUCUGAGGAGUGGGGAGGAUAAAAAAAGAUGGUUUUGUGUGCAGAGUAACGAGGAGAUGGCUCCGGGACCAGUGGACACCAGUAAUUGUCGGCAGAAUGAUUUGCGGUGGAGAACGAAACUAUUUAAAGGCGCUGUUCAGGAUGCAACAAGCAGAGGAUUUGUUUAUGGGAAUCUCAAACACAACAUCAGCGAAUUCACACUGGGGAGAGGCCGUUCACCUGCUCUGAGUGUGGGAAGGGCUUCCUUCAGUCAUCCCACCUGCUGACACAGCAGCGUGUUCAUACUGGGGAGCGACCAUUCUCCUGCUCAACGUGUGGUAAGGGAUUGGCUCACAUAUCCAGCCUGAUGACGCACCAGCAAGUUCAUGCUGGGGAAAGGCCAUUCUCAUGCUCAGAGUGUGGGAAAGGCUUUGCUCAGUCAACCUCUUUGCUGACGCACCAGAGAGUUCACACUGGGGAGAGGCCUUUCUCCUGCUCAACAUGUGAGAAAGGAUUCACUCGAUUAUCCAGCCUGAUGACACACCAGCAAGUUCACAGCGGGGAGAAGCCGUACACCUGCUUCGAGUGUGGGAAGGGAUUCACUCAGUCAUCUAGCCUGAUGAGACACCAGCGAGUUCACACUAGGGAGAGGCCGUUCUCCUGCUCAACGUGUGGGAAAGGAUUCACUCAGUUAUCCAGACUGAUAAUACACCAGCGACUUCACACCGGGGAGAGGCCGUACACCUGCUCCGAGUGUGGGAAGGGAUUCUCUCAUUCGUCCGAUUUGCUGACACACCAGAGAGUUCACACUGGGGAGAAGCCGUACACCUGCUCUGAGUGUGGGAAGGGAUUCACUCAGUCAUCUCAGCUGCUCAUACACCAGCGGGUUCACACCGGGGAGAAGCCGUACACCUGCUCCGAGUGUGGGAAGGGAUUCACUCAUUCGACGCAUUUGUUGAGACACCAACAAGUUCACACUGGGGAGAAGCCGUACACCUGCUCCAAGUGCGGGAAGGGAUUCACUCAGUCGUCCGGUCUGAUGACACACCAGCGAGUUCACACAGGGGAGAGGCCGUUCAUCUGCUCGACGUGUGGGAAGGGAUUCUGUCAGCCAUCCUACUUGAAGACACACCAGCGAGUUCACACCAGAGAGAGGCCCUUUACCUGCCCUACAUGUGGGAAGGGAUACACUACUUCAUCCAGUCUGGUGAGGCACCAGCGAGUUCACACUGGGGAGAGGCCGUACAUCUGCUCUGAUUGCGGGAAGGGAUUCAGUGAUUCAUCCCAUUUGCUGAGACACCAGCGAGUUCACACCGGGGAGAAGCCGUACACCUGCUCCGAGUGUGGGAAGGGAUUCAAUCAGUUAUCCAACCUGAUGACACACCAGCGAAUUCACACUGCGGAGAAAGAUUAAACAUGCUGUAUACUCAAAAUACAAGCAUCAUUGCUACUGAAAUCUCGCGCAAAUUCACAAGUGUUGCAGGUGUUCAUGGGGAUCGGAUUCUGUCGACGGUGCUGAUCUCACCCAGCAUUGAACCCUGGGUGAUUGGGCACAGUUGAUUUAUAAUCUCUUUAACUGAGCUGGAGUUCAAUGUUCUGGAUCUGUGAUUAAAAUAAAUC